UGGGUUCGCAAAUUGAACAUUGAACCGUCAUCUCUUCAGGCAGGUCAAACGCGGAGCUUUAUUGAGUCGUCACUCAUAAACACGAAGGUUGGGGGCUCAUUUUCUUUACCUCAGAAUUGUUUUUUACUGAUUAAAAUUAUAAUUUACGAGAAAAAAUUGAUUUUCGAAAAGGAAAGAGGAAUAGGGAAGAAAAAUGGUUGGAAUAAUUGACAAUGUUCUCAAUGAUCUUGGAUGGAAUGAUGGUUUUCGUAUUCCAAUUGCGAACGAAGAAAAUAAAAAACUGGAAGAGGAAGUGGAAAGAAAACGAAAAUUAAAGGAGAAAUUGUCCAUUGAAAUGGAGGCGAAAGAAGAACUUGUGGAGACGAUAAAAAAAAAUAUUCUUCAUCUCACAUCGCAGCAUGAACACAAUCAAAAUUUAAUUUCCGCCUAUUCAGCUCAAACGGAAGCUGAAAAUAAUUUAUAUAAAACGUCGCAAUCAAUGUUUUCGAGUUUGAAACAGGAAAUAAAUAAUUUCGAAAAAGACAAAAAAGAGACGUGCGAAAGAAUUGCAAAUAUGGAGAAUGAUAUGUCGAGAGUCGGUGAGAAAUUAAAAUUAAUUGAAUCAACGAUAAAAAUUGAUCAGAAUCGUUUGACGAAAUGGGAGAAAUCAAUGAAACGCGAUAACAACGAUAAUGAAUUAAUCGAAAAAUUCAUUCAAUCCGAUGCGAAGAAAUUCAAGGAGUACGAACUAAAACGUCAAAAACUAGGCGAAGAAUUGGAAAUCUACAGAAACGGAAUGAUUCUAGCGGUUGAUAAAUUGAAUGAGUAUGAAAAUUCUUUGGAUCAAACGGCUAAAAUGUACGUUCAGGCUUUAAAGGAAAGGCGACAAUUAAUAAAUCAAUGGUCACAGAGCGUUCUCAUUUUGAAGCAAAGAGAUAAUUCGAUUCAAGAAACACGCAAAGAAAUAGAAAAUCUACGAGAAAUUGCUAAGGAAAAAAUGGAAGUAUUCAAUGAGGCUGAGGAAUUUUUGAAACAUCAAAUCACAAGCAAUAGGGAAUUGGACGAGAAUAUUGAACAAUUGGAGAAGCAAAUUUUCUCCGACAAGGAAGAGCAAAAGAAACUCGCGGAAACUGUCGAAACGUUAGAAUCUGAGAUUCAAAUUCAAAAGAGAAAUUUCCAACAAUACGCCUCACAAAAUCAAUCGAAACGAGCGAAUAUAAAGAGGAAAAAAAUAGACAUUGAAAAUAAACAAAUAAAAAUUCAAUCGUGUCUGAAGCAAAUCGAAAAUUUGAAAAUAACGUUAAAAAAUAUCAGUAAUCAAAAAAUGAAUGUUGAAGAUCGUAUUCGUCAAUUAGAGGAAAUGCUCGAGAAACAAGAAAAAAGGAAAAUUUCAAUAGCAAAAGAUACAAAUCGCUUUCAAGCACAAAUAUUACGUACUACAAAUCAAAUAAAUGAUUUGGAAAAUGAGAGAAAAAUUAUUCAUCUAAGAUAUCAGAGUGAGAGGAAAAAAAUUGAAACACUCAAUAAUUUACGGUCGAAAAUUGAGAAAAUGUACAAAAAAAAGAAAUGUGAACUCUACAAUGUUGAAAUGGAAGCGCAAAAAAAUGAAAUACGCCUGGAGCAUAUGAUUAAUAUUGAAAAGGAUAGAGACGAAGUUCUUAGGAAACAAAAUAUUAUUGAGAAUUUGGAAAAAAAUUAUUCAAUGAAGACGAGUAGUUUGAAAAUAUUACAAUCACAAGUUGAUCAUCUUGACCACGAUUUAAAAGAAAUGAUGCAGGGACAAAUGAAAAAUAAUGAAGAACUGGAACGUAUACGUGAUAAAAAGCAAAAAUUGUUAGCAUUGAUAGAAGGUGGUGAGAAACAAUCUAAAUUACUACAAACAACGAAUGAGGAGAAGCAAAUUGAAGAAAAUUUAUUGCGACUCAAAGUGAAUCAAAUUGAAAAAUUAAUGUCCAAUGUUGAUGGAAAAGUUUAUAAUUUGGAGAAAUAUCGCCUACAAAUUGAAGCCAGCAUGCAGGAAAGAAUGGCGGAAAUAAAAGCACAACGUGAAAGUUUCUCAAUACAAAAGCGAAUUUCAGUGAAUGAAUGCUCUGAAUUACGUACAAUAAUUUCAGAGAGAAAAACACGAAUUCAACAAUUAACAGCAAAAUAUGACAAUAAUAAUGCACUGAUUGGUGUGAACGAUAAAGAUGGACAGCCAUUAACGACAACUUAUUUACAAAUACAAAAUGCGCAGGAAAAAUAUUUAUUGCAAGAGCAAGGCGAUGAACUCGAUCGAACAAUUAGAAAAUCAGAGCGUGAAAUUGAAAGUAUGGAAAAUACUUUGCGUGUCGUUAAGACAUGUAACGACAAAUAUAAAUUGAGUUUAGAGCAUGUCGAUGAGAAUGGACCCGAGAAAAUUGAGCAUAAAAAAUUAGAGGAAGAAAUGUAUAAGGUUCUCGAGAAAAAGAAACAAAUACGAAAUGAAUUUGAGGAGAGGCAAAAGGAUCUGAGGCGAAUGGAGGAGAAUUUUGCAAUUCUUGUGGAAGACAUUGAGAGGAAGAAGGAGGAGAGAGUGGAGAAGGAGAGAUAUGUUGAAAAUUUGGAACGUCAAAUUACUGAGCAGAGGGAAAAAUUGUUGAGGGCGGAGAAAAGUCUUAAGAAGGCUUACAAGGAUAUACAAAAUAUGUGUAUGUGCACCGACGAUCAUACAAUUUUAUGGCAAGAGAAAGACAUUUCAGCGAGGGAAUUACAUGAUUUAAAUAAAUCGGUUCUACAGCAAGUGGCGGAAUUUACGAUUCGUCACGUGGAAGCUGAAGCUUAUGUGAAAAAAUUACUUACUUCAAAAAAUAUUGAACUGCCAUCGAAAUAUUACAUGAGACCAUCGCCUAGUUCCAGUAGAUGUGAAAGUCGAAUUUAAUCAUUCUUUCCUUUAUAACAAAAGAUUAAGAAAAACAAUUGCCAUUAUUACCUGUUGCCAAGGCAGGAGCAAUUUUCCAAGCCAUCAUCAAAAGGGGGAAAUUCCAUGGAAUAAUUUGUCCACAAACACCAACAGGCUCGUGUUUUGUGUAGGCG